AUGAAGACUUUACAGGCUACUUUUCUUUUGCUUGUGUUUGUACCUUUGGUAAACUCAGCACCACCUAUACAGCAAGAAUCACUCCAGUUCUAUGAGUAUGAUACAGAUGUUUCUAUGGGAAGCCUGACCCAACAGGAUUAUGAAUUGCAAUCCAAGGACAUAAGAAAGGAUGGAACAAAUAUUUCUCUUGACACUUCCCUAAGACUGCAAGGGGAUGACAGUGAGCUCGAUAUACCAGCAACAAAGGAUACAAAUUUACCCACCUGCCUGCUCUGUGUGUGCUUGAGUGGGUCAGUGUACUGUGAGGAGAUCGACAUCGAGGCUGUGCCCCCACUGCCCAAGGAAACAGCCUACCUUUAUGCCAGAUUUAACAAAAUCAAAAGGAUAGCAGCCUCAGAUUUUGCUGACAUCACUACCUUGAGAAGAAUUGAUUUCAGUGGAAACAGGAUAGAGGAAAUAGAAGAUGGAGCCUUUUCAAAACUUCUGCUAUUGGAAGAACUUUCUCUUGCUGAAAAUCGACUUAUAAAACUUCCUGUUCUACCUCCCAAACUAACAACAUUUAAUGCAAACCAAAAUAGAAUCAAGAGCAGAGGAAUCAAAGCAAAUGCUUUCAAGAGGCUCACAAAUCUGGCCUACCUCUACCUAGGACACAACGCACUGGAAUCUGUUCCCCUGAAUUUACCGGAGAGCCUGCGCAUCCUUCACCUGCAGUACAACAACAUCACCACCAUCACCGACGACACGUUCUGCAAGUCCAACAACACGCGGUACAUCCGCAUGCGGAUGGACGAGAUCCGGAUGGAGGGCAAUCCCAUCGUCCUGGCAAAGCACGUGAAUGCUUUCUCCUGCUUGAGAAUGCUGCCUGUGGGAACCUACUACUAG